AUGUCAAAUAGCUCGGCGGGAUUUAGCAGCAGGCGAAAGCGUGGCAACGUUCACACUCAGGUAUGGCGGAAGGGUGUGGUCGAAAGCGUUGGGUACUUGCAGUUAUCGCGGAAAACUGAAAAGCACCUAAGGCUCAUGUAUCGAACCGUGUCAUACGAGACAAUAUGCGUCCUGGCUCACAUGAUGCCUAUUAGCAUCAUCGUCAAAGAGGAUGUAGAAUGCUUUGACCAAGGUGGCAGCGAGAAUGGUCCAACUCCACCAAAAGCAGAUGGACGCACUGACUCAUCCCUGAGAAAGCCGGAUGGAUCGAGAGGCGCCACGGGGAAGUUAACUUCCACCUGA